AGAUUAAAAAUCAUGAAACAAAAGAUUUACUUUUAAUUGAUUUAUUUAACUGUCUCUAAUUGUUGUUAUGCCAUUAAUCAGAUAAGUAGUGAACAAUCAAGGCUGAAGACAAUGAUUAGACUAAUCACUUUCUUUGGGUUAUUAUCCGUUUGUUUUGCCCUUAGUUUACCUCGAGAGUUUCUUGGUCGAAUAUGUGAAAUUGUUCAAAAGGCCGAGAGAUUGGGAUUAAGCCGAGAAACGGUAAAUCAAAUGGCGAUUGAGGAUUUUGAGCAAUUCAUUGGUUAUGGAUUAAGUUCUAAAUUACAAAGAGAUUCAAGUAAGAGAGAUCUCACAAACAAUGGUACUUGGCCUGGUUUCCAACAAAAAGAUCUUGUCUUAGGCUUACUCAACCUAAUCCUUGAUCUAUUAGGAACUUUAAUAUCAGUCAUUUUUAAAAAUGUGAUAUUGAUCCAAGAGAAUGUCCAAUUCCCUAACCUCUUUAAUAUCUCUGAUAUUUUGACCACCGCUGGUCAACAGGUUUCAUCAGCUUUAGAUCCAAUAUCAUGUUCACAAUUUGAUUUCCCUGAAAAAAUUGAUCCAACAAACGAAACUGAUGUCCGACAAGGGAUAACUCAACUGAUCCAAAGUGGCCUUAAAUUACAAGGAGAAAAGCUGAAACAGCUCGAAAAUACAUUUACCGAUAUCCAAGAGAAAUUGUUCCCUUAAUAAAUUAAAAAAGUACGAGAUUAGCUAAAAUAUUACCAUACUAUCGACUGAUUUAUCAUAAUUGUAAUAUCAAAAUUUUGAUCAUUAAAUAGAUGAAAACUUAAUUACGCGAGUUUGCAACCCACACAACCACAUAA